AGAAACAUGCCAUUUAUAAAAAUGAUACUAAGUAAUUCCCAAUACAAACAAAGAUACCUUAGUUUUGUUCUUUGCAAAUAAAACAAGAGGGAUAAAGCUAAUCAUUAACUUGGAAUUCAUUGAGCUUUGAUAGUGAGAAUGAAGACAUUUGCUAAUUUCUAUUUUUUAAGUGUGUGUGUGUGUGUGUAACAAGAAGGAAUUAGAAACUAACUUGAAUGCCUGCAGUACACAGUCAAAACACUUCUGUUGAUAAAAAAAGGUGCUGGAAUAAGAUAAUAAAAAUGUAAAACAUGAUUGUUACUGAUUAACAGAUUUUAAUUGUCCGCUAUGAAAUUAUUUCCUUAGGAUUAAAUAUGAAGUUUUUGCAUAUGUUUCCCUAUUCUAAAUUUAGCCUGUUUGUGAAGUGCUCUGAGUCCUUCUUUUCUGUUUCAGUUUAUAUGCGACCUGCAGGCAAUCUUUCCUAGCUACCGUGUGUGGUUUCCAGAUCUGUCUUACGUGCUCCCAUAACUCAACCUUUCUGUUUUUAUUCAGCACGUUCUAUAUUGUACUUUGUUUGCAUGUCUAACUCACCAUUAGCUACAUAUUCCUGGAAAGAAGAAUCAUAAUUAUAUUUUAUCCUGCACACUUACCACGCAGUGAUUGUCAGUCAGUUAAACAAAUGUUCAGGUUAAAAGAAAGAAUGUGACAUACAUAAAAUGGAAAGAAGGCUUUUCAGUGCAGUUUUAUAAUUAACACAAGUGAAAUUAUGAGAAUUCCAUAUUCAUGCAAUAUUCUGAUUUAAAAACCUUUAAAAAUGAAAAAUGAACUCAAUUAGUAAUUUAACAUCAUUCAACCAACAAAUAUUUAUUGAGCAAAUGAUUUGCAGGCACUAUUUUAGGUGAUGGGGAGACAGUAAUGAACAAAGCAGAUAAGAUCUCUGAUUUCCUAGAGCAUCAUAAACUCCCAUACAUGAGGCAUUGUGCUUGCUUGCAAAGAAAACUCACUCACAAAAUGACAGAUGUAUGUGUUAUUGAGGCAAACUCUGAACUCAUGUUUAGAAAGAUGAAUGAUAUUUUCUAUUCACUAUUAUAAGCAGUGAACUUGGAUGUUAUUUCUUGAACCAUCCUUUAAUAUCUAGAAAUUUCUGAAGCAGGAGUUAUAAUCACCUAGUAAAAUGUCAACUUCACUUAUGUAAAGCAUAAUUUUCGUUUUAUGCUGUUUCUGUUUUUGCUACCACAGUUUUUGUUAGUGACUAUUUAGAUCACAAGUGACCCAUCCUGUGGUAUCAGUGUUUCUCUGUGUCGGUGUUUCUGCAAGGUGGGGGAAUGGGGCAAUAGACCUCAGUGGCUUCUUUCAGGAAAACAAUUAACAUAGUAAUUUAUUGCCAUGAAAAUUCUGUAUAACAAACCACCCUGAAACUCAUUGGACAAAUGGGCUUCACUGGGGCUUGGUCUUCUCAUGGGAAAGCAUGGAGGACAUUCAUAAAUAUAGAGUUCUCCCAAUGACACGGCUUAGAACUGGCACACUUUUAUUUCUGUCCAUAUUCUUUUGGAUAAAACAAGUAAAGUAACAAAGCUCAAGUUCUAAGGACAGGGUAGUAGCUUCCAUUCUCAGAGAAGAAAAGACACAAGCGUAGAUGCCAGGAGAGUGAAGAACUGGGACCAACAGUAGCCUAUCACAAUAAUCCUAUGACUUACUAUGGCUGAGUAACAAACAGAAAUGGAUGAGAAAUUGUACUUAAGAUAGUCAUUUUGCUCUACUGAAGGAUCUGGUUCCAUUUUGGAAGUUUUAUACAGAGGAAUUAAAAAAUUGAUGAACCGAACGUAUGCGACCACCUACCCUCAAAACCAGUGUUUCUGUAAUUGUGAUUAGUAACAUUAUUGGGGGGAUAAAUCCCACUAAUUAAACAAAGAAAUAAAAUAGAAAAUAUCAGAGUGGGUUGAAUGAAGUAAGCAUUUUGUUUAAUGAAAACGUUUGCUUCUGUUAUGGAGGCAUACCUACAUGUGUACUGAGUCAUGAUACAAAAUAUAUUUCUUCCUAUUGUGGUUAAAACAAAGCUGGGGAAAGCCGUUGUUCUAACUUAUUUCCUAUCUGUAAGAUGUUAUUGGGUUUAAGUACAUUCUAAUUUUUCAAAAUAGUCCUUGGGCAGGCGUGUCAUCUGUUUUGAAAUUGAACCGUUUUUUCAGUGCUCGUUUUUUCCUUUGUAAAGAUAUCUAAUACAGGAGUACUUUUCUUUCAAAUCAAUCAACAAUUAAGGCAGUUUUAAUGGACACGUGUUUUUAUAUAUAUGCUGGUAACACCCAUGACUGUGGUUACUGGUGGCCCAUGUUUGAGAUUAUUUUUAAAGUAAUGGUAAUAUUUACCUUCUCUAUUUAGCUUGCUCACUGCCAGCUUCCUGAUGCUGGUUUAGAAUAAAAGCACUUCCCAGUUAUAUGUAUCAAUAAUACACUGUUACCUUGCUUCAGAAAGAUUUAUUAUCAGCUUAUCUUUUCCAGAUUUCAAUAUUUGCGUCAUCUGUCUAGGUGAACUGUGGCCUACGGUAACACAGCAGUGGCUCUAGUCAGUAGCUGUCCAGGGGACACAUGCGGAGGGGGCCUCCUCCCAAAGGCAGUGUUUCUGCAGCCGGCUUGUCCCCUCUCUGGUCACUCUUACCUGAGAAGGUUUCCGGAAUAGGUUUAUGGAAAGCGAAGAAGAAACUCUAACCUGAGUAUGGAUUUUGAAGAAAGAUUCCUCAACACGCAAAGGAAGAAAUAAGCUGGUGGAUAGCCCUCAGGAAUGAUGUCCUUUUGCCACAAUGUCAUUAAUAUUUCUUGUGUGAAAAGCAGCUGGUCAAAUGAUGUCCGUGCUUCCCUGUACAGUUUAAUGGUGCUCAUAAUUCUGACCACACUCAUUGGCAAUCUGAUAGUCAUUAUUUCCAUAUCACACUUCAGGCAACUUCAUACCCCAACGAAUUGGCUCAUUCAUUCCAUGGCGACCGUGGAUUUUCUGCUGGGGUGCCUGGUCAUGCCUUAUAGUAUGGUGAGAUCUGUUGAGCAUGGCUGGUACUUUGGAGAAGUCUUCUGUAAAAUUCACACCAGCACUGACAUUAUGCUGAGCUCGGCGUCCAUUUUCCACUUGUCCUUUAUUUCCAUUGACCGCUACUAUGCUGUGUGUGACCCACUGAGAUACAAAGCCAAGAUUAGUAUCUUGGUUAUUUUUGUGAUGAUCUUCAUUAGUUGGAGUGUCCCUGCUCUUUUUGCAUUUGGAAUGAUCUUUCUGGAGCUCAACUUCAAAGGAGCUGAAGAGAUAUAUUACAAGUACAUUCACUGCAUAGGAGGUUGCUCUGUCUUCUUUAGCAAAACAUCUGGGGUACUGGCCUUUAUGACUUCUUUCUAUAUACCUGGAUCUAUUAUGUUGUGUGUGUAUUCCAGAAUAUACUUCAUAGCUCAAGGACAGGCAAGAUCAAUUAAUGAUGCAAUUGGAUUGGAAGAGAAAAAUGGAAUGUCACAAAACAAAGAAAGGAAAGCUGCAAAGACUUUAGGGAUUGUGGUGGGAGUUUUCCUAAUAUGCUGGUGUCCUUUCUUUGUCUGCAUGGUCAUGGACCCUUUCCUGGACUAUGCUAUUCCACCCACCUUAAAUGAUGCAUUGGUUUGGUGUGGCUACCUGAACUCUACUUUCAAUCCAAUGGUUUAUGCAUUUUUCUACCCCUGGUUCAGAAAAGCACUGAAGAUGAUUCUAUGUGGUAAAAUUUUCCAAAAAGACUCUUGUAGGUAUAAACUAUUUUUAGAGUCACAUCCAUAGAAUUAUUAUAUUUACUGUUUACUGCUUUGCAAAACAGCUGGUGAUCAUAAUUUUGAACACAACAUAAUUAACCACAUGCACCAAUUGCGGGGUCUUUCAUCAAAUGUUUGAGCGAAAGAAUGGAGAGUGACAUAUAAUGCUUUUAUUUCACUUCCUUUUUGGGACACAGUGGAUGUAAUCCUUGCCAUGCUUACUAUUACAUAGAAGCUUUGCAAGUCCAGAAUUUAAGGCCUUACGUUAACAGCCUUUCUUGCCCUUAGCUGAACUGCCACGAAUUGACAAUUGUUCAAUGCUGGAAAUUAUGGGGCCGCAAUUGGAUAUGCAAAUUAGAAUUACUUUGUCAUCCAUUUGCUCGAAUAUAUAUGUCUUUUUGUGAAAUCAAAUAAAGUGCACAUUAAAUGAUAUUAAAUACUUUUUAUACAUAAUUUGCUAUUUAUCAUAAAUUCUUAUUAAUGUAUAUUCCGCUUUUAAAAUAUUUUGAUUUUCAUCUUUUUAUAAUAUGCUUUCUUGAUUCUCAUACUUGCAGAAAUUUGGAAAAUAAGGAA